CUUAACACGAAUGCGAGUGAAAUAUUUCACUGUUAUAUCACAUUUAUCUUUGGUUUCAUUCUCGGGUCGUAUUUUUGCUCCAAACUUAAACGUUUUGUUACAGUCCAAUAUUGUCUGUAACAACUGUUAGUUGUCUCAUCUCUACCGAUCCCUUCUACACAUAAGUAGCAUUCGUUAUUUAUGGCAGAUUUCCUCGAUGUGUGGAAAUUGAGGGUUAACAAAGCGAUGCUCUUUUAAACCACUCCGCUAUGUCCCACUCUUCUAAGCCUCGAUCCCAACCCUGUGGUUUUUGUGACAAGUCUUCUCCCAAAGAACGGUCAACUACGGUCAGCAGGCACCAGCGAAUGCACACUGAUGCAAAGCCUUUCAAAUGCCCAUACUGUGACAAAAGCUUUAGCCUAUCUUCCGGUUUGGUUCUGCACAAACGCACCCAUGCUGGGGAGAAACCUCAUACGUGCCGGAUCUGCUCCAAGACCUUUAUUUCAUCUUCUCAUUUAGCACUCCACAUGCGCUCACACAAUGGAGAAAGAAAGUACAAAUGCAGCAUAUGUUCCAAAAUGUUCAUGCAGUCCUCCCAGCUUUUGUGCCACAAGGCCACCCACUCAGGGGAGAAGCCUUUCAAAUGCCCCGACUGCAACAAGAGCUUUGGCCGAGCCUCGCACUUGAAAACUCAUCGGAGGCUACACACAGGUGAAAAGCCUUUCAAAUGUGCACAGUGUGACAAGGCUUUCACGCAGAAGGCCGGACUUGUAAUUCACAUGCGCUUGCACACAGGCGAGAGGCCUUUUAAAUGCGACAAGUGUGGGAAGGCCUUCCGCACAUCAGCCCACCUGCUUAACCAUCAAGCUCUGGAGUUGGGUGAGGGCAGGUACAUGUGUACCACAUGUCACAAGGGCUUCAGGUCAGUGUCGAUGCUGAAACAACAUGAAAGAAGCCACCAGAACAGCGGGACGCUCUGUUGUAGCGUGUGCGCGGAUGCAUUCGCACGCUCCUCUUAUCUGCAGCUGAAACUGCACAUACGCAACGGAGAGCAAAUUUAUCAUUGCAAGUUGUGCAACAAGAUAUUUAUAAAGAUGUCCACCUUUGAGAAACACUGCAGAAUGCACCAGAAGCAGACGGAUGCAGGACAAUCGGAGAGCGAAAAUGAGGAAGGUGAACAUGAUCCCCCAUUUCAGCCUUAUGUCACAGGUUCAUCAACAUGCUCGAAAUCAGAAGUCAACACACGUUCUAAAACAAGAGCCAAAAUUAGGAGUACAAUGGAAAACUAAAUUCUAUGCAGCUUCAUUGUCAUGUACAUAAUGCACAGUGUAUGUAUGCACAAAAUGUUUUGAUGCUCAUCAUUGCAUAGAAUAAUAAUGAAGAGAUGUAUUUACACAAAGAUUUUUGAGUCAUACAGAACUUGAUAUUUACACAGGACUUGAUAAAAUAUGUAUUUUUCACCCUAUGAUGAUUUUCAACAUGAUGCUAAACAAUGCUUUUAAAACAUUUACUGCUUUGUUGUACAGCCUUCAAAUUAUAUAAACUAAAACCUACUGCUACUGCUACACAUUUAAAAAUAAAUUAAGUCAACCAUAUAACGGUAUUUCCCUUUCUGUCGGUCUCUCAACGUUGUGUCGAGAACGACAGAUGGGGU